UAACCUUCGAGUAUCAAAAAGUAUUUUACUCCGAAAAGGAAAAACCCUCCAAUUGAAGGAGUCGAUUUCACAUGAAAGAAACCACGUCUCUCAGUCCACUCCCAAUCCUACACUUCGCCCAUAAUCAUCAUCAUUAAUUUGCAUAUCUUUAAUCACCAACAGAUUUCGUAUUGUUUCUUUCAUGGCGAAUGAAAUUGGCGGAGGAGGAGAAGAUGAAGCGAAAGAAAUCGCUGCUCAGCUAAGCAAAACCCUAAAAGAAGGAGAAAGAAUUCUUGCCCCGACCCGAAGACCCGACGGAACCUUACGCAAACCCAUUCGCAUUAGAGCUGGUUACGUUCCUCAAGAUGAAGUCGCCAUUUACAAAUCUAAAGGCGCCCUGUUGAAGAAGGAGAUGGAGUCGCUGGAAACUGUGCCACCUGGUUAUGAUCCUGAAUUGGAUGCCAUUAGUAAACCUAAGAGCAAAUCCGCUAAGAGGAAUGAAAGGAAGAAGGAGAAGCGUUUGCAGCAGGCAUCUGUUGAGAAAGGAAAAAGUGAAGCUUCAUCUACUGAUGGUGUAGAUCAAGCAUUGGAACCUCUUGACUCCAUUGUAUCCCAGAUAAAUGAUAUCACUAUUUCCGUUGCUACCCCUCCCUUAAAUUCAACAGAUCAUGUUCCUGAUAUCGAUAAAAAAAUCCGUGCCCUAAAAAAGAAGAUUCGGCUGACAGAGGGUCAACAGCAAAAAACAGGGAAUGAUUUGAAACCAGAACAACAGGAAAAAGUUGCAAAAUUAGAGGAUUGGCGAAAAGAGUUGAAACUUUUGGAAGACAAAAAGGCCUCCUUGGAAGCCUUAUAAAAUCAGUAGGCUUUUUUUCAUGUUUUUCUUUAGGAUUAAAAAACCUCUAGUUUUUAAUUUGUGAUUUACUUUCUUAAGAUGUUAUUAGGUUUUUAUUAAUCUGUCCAGAUUUUGAGGCUGAAAUUUGCCAUUAUUCAAAACAAAAUCUGGGAACUCUGUGGUCAUGACUCAUGAAUCGUUAACAAAUUGAACAAAUUAUUUUUAGUUUCUUUUGGC